AUAAGAAAAGCAAAGAGGCCUUCAAAACAGAAUUACAGCUCUUCCAAAGCAUCAAUGGAUUACACGCUCCUCCCCUUCACAUUCCUCAUAUUUUCCUCCCUCCAUUUGCUAACGUGCACCGGUCAGGACAGGAUACCAACCGGCACGUCCCUCUCCGGCAACGACACCAUCAUCUCUGCCGGCGAGAACUUCGCACUGGGCUUAUUCAACCCACCCAAUUCCACCAAAAGCUACCUCGCGAUCUGGUACAAUAAGAUCUCCGAUCGGACAAUCGCAUGGGUGGCCAACAGAGGAAAACCAGUAAUGGAUUCAGGUGGAGUAGUUACAGUCACCGGCAACGGGAAUCUCGUCGUGUUGGAUGGAAAUGGAAAAGUUGUGUGGUCCACCAACUUAACGGCCACCGAUCAAAACCGCACCGCAGUUCUCCUCGACAAUGGGAAUCUUGUUCUGAUGGAAGGAAAUAACUCGACUGUAUGGAAAAGCUUCGAUUAUCCAACGGCCACGAUGCUUCCCGGCAUGCGAUUCUAUCUAAAUCUCAAAACCAAUGAAAGCAUACGUACAGUAUCAUGGAAAGACGAAGUGGACCCCACGCCAGGCCCAUUCUCCGCUGGCAUCGAUCCUCACACGCCUCGCCAGCUCCAGGUGCUGAGAGGAUCAAAUCCAUUUUGGCGAGAGAACGUAUGGUUCAAAGAGCUGUCUGCGGCGAAACCGGAGGCGGAUCGAAAUUACUUCGUCUAUCUCUCUACACUGGCCAACGACGAUGAAGUGUACUACACGUUCUCCGUCUCUGACAAUUCGAUCUUCGUGAGGUAUUUUCUCAGUAAGGCGGGUCGUCUGGAGCUGCAAUCGUGGCGGGAUGAUACACAGAAAUGGACGGUGAGUUGGGCGUCGCAGAUGAAUAAGUGUGAUUUGUAUGGUCGGUGUGGGCCGUUUUCGAGCUGCGAUUACAACAGUACGGAAUCCGUUUGUAGGUGUUUGUAUGGAUUCGUGCCGAGAAUUAGGGAGGAAUGGGACUCGGGGAAUUGGUCUGGAGGAUGUGUGAUGCGGAAGGUUUUGGAAUGUGGUGUGGGAGAUGGGUUUUUGCAGUUGAGGAGAAUGAAAUUGCCUGAUUUUUCGGUGUCGGUGGGGAAUAUCAGUGUAUCGGAUUGCGAAGGUGUGUGCCGGCAGAACUGUUCUUGUGCUGCUUAUGCCUAUACGAAUAUUAGCGGGUGGCGAGCGUCGAAUUGCUUGAUUUGGGUCGGAAAUCUGACGGAUCUCGUGUCGAAUUAUGGGAAAUUGGAUCUCUUCGUGCGGCUUGAUUCGUCGGAAUUGGGUACAAAUGUUACAAAUGGUACAAUCCACGAUUCUAGUAAUAAGAGACCAUGGCUUGUAAUUCUUAUAUCCGUCGCUGCCGCAUUGAUUUUCCUUGGUGCGUUUGGCUAUCUUUUGUGGAGGAGAUACAAGAAACCAGGGAUGAGAAGAAACGAUCAUGCAAAUGAGAUGAACGGUCCUGAUGGACUUGCGAAUGGGGAGAACAUUUCAGACCUGCCAUUAUUCUCUUUUCAUAGUAUUGUAGCUGCUACAGGUAACUUCUGUACAGCCAACAAGCUUGGAGAGGGAGGAUUUGGUCCUGUUUACAAGGGGGUGUUGCCAGGCGGGCAAGAAAUAGCAGUAAAGAGACUUUCAAAAAGCUCUGGACAAGGUCUAGAAGAGUUCAAGAACGAAGUGAAACUCAUUGCCAAACUCCAACACAGGAAUCUGGUUAGGCUUUUAGGUUGGUGCAUCCAUGAAGAAGAAAAGAUACUGAUGUACGAGUACAUGCCCAACAAAAGCUUGGAUAAAUUUCUAUUCGAUCCAAUACAAGAAUCACCAAUAGAUUGGGGAACGCGCUUCCGCAUCAUGGAAGGGAUCUCUCAAGGACUUCUCUAUCUUCAUCGGCAUUCAAGAUUAAAAAUCAUCCACAGAGAUCUGAAAACUAGCAAUAUUUUGUUAGAUGGAGAAAUGAACCCUAAGAUUUCAGAUUUUGGUUUAGCAAGGAUUGUUGAAGGAAACCAGAGCAACGUCAAUACUAAAAGAGUGGCUGGAACAUAUGGCUAUAUGUCACCAGAGUAUGCCUUGGAUGGGAUUUUCUCCGAGAAAUCUGAUGUAUUCAGCUUCGGAGUGUUAUUGUUAGAAAUUGUGAGUGGCAAAAGGAACACAGGCUUCUAUCCUUACAAGGAAUCGCUAAACCUUCUCGGUUAUGCGUGGCAACUGUGGGAAGAAGGUAGAGGAUUAGCUUUGGUCGACCCACUGAUCAGUGAUUUGUGUGUCCCCCAUGAAGUAAUGAAAUGCAUUCAUGUGGGCCUUUUGUGUGUGCAAGAAGACCCGAAUGAUCGACCCAAGAUGUCUUCUGUUGUGUUCAUGCUGGGGAGUGAAACUGCAACGCCGCCAACGCCUAAGCAACCUGCUUUCUCUACUAUGAAGAAUCGCAACGUUGUUGAUCCGGCUUCUGAUGCAUCUGCUAAUUUUUCCGUGAAUUGGGUAACAAUCACUGAGCUAGAGCCGAAGUAACACUUCCAAAUAUUUUGUGGCAACACCUUUCAUUUUCAUCAAAGAGAACUAAAGCAAUUUUCUGGCAGGCAUGAGGAUUUGCAUAUAUGCGAAAGGAUCACUCUAUGGACUAUCUGAUGUGUGAAACAAUCCAAGUUUUGAUGAAGAUCAAAUCAGUAUGGCCCACCUAACAUAAUGCUCGAAUCUUGAACGUGUAUCUUUCGAGUGGACAGGAAGGGCUCACCGCGCGCAUGUCAAUCUGGCAAACUUCCUCUAAUAGCCAUGUUCAAUAUAAUUUUUGGCUGAAAUACAUUGCCUUGAAAUUUUUAUAAAUGUACUGUAAUACGAGUGCAAAAUUGUAAUUAAUGAGUAUGUGGGGCACAUUAUUGUAAAUUUUUAUGUA